ACUUGAAAUUUCAUAAAACAAACUAAUUUAUGUACACACUCUUCUGCAGUUGUUGUUUCUUUAUUAAUUGUUGGAAAAGCUUUGUUGAACAAUUGAUGCAAGCGCGAAACGUGUAUAAUUCGACUCGAAGUAUAAAUAUUUCGAUGAUAAAUAAAGUGCUCCAUUUUUGUUGUCUAUAGUUUGUACGUACACGUCAUUGAUUUGAUUGAAGAAUUUUGUACUAAAACUACAGCAAGCAAAUAAGUGAUAAAAAAUGAAGAUUACGCUAAUUUUAGGAAUUAUAGCUAGCUUUUCGUUAGCGCUAGCUGAACAUGAAACGCUUGUUCUAGUAGAUAAUCUUAGUAUAAGGGAAACUCACUCACAAUUCUUCAAGUCUUUGCAGGACAGAGGAUACACGCUAACAUACAAGUUAGCCGACGACCCUAACCUAGUACUCUCUAAGUAUGGAGAAUACUUGUACAAGAACCUCAUCGUAUUCUCGCCGUCGGUGUUGGAGUUCGGCGGACAGAUCGAUACCGAGGCUAUCACGAAGUUCAUCGACGAUGGAGGUAACCUGCUCAUGGCUGGAAACGCAGCCGCCGGCGACGUGUACAGGGAGAUUGCUUCUGAAUGCGGAUUUGAAAUGGAUGAGGAAUCAGCAGCAGUGAUUGACCACUUCAACUAUGAUGUGUCUGAUGAUGGAGAGCACACCAGGAUUGUGGUGUCUCCCAAGAACCUUAUCUCUUCACCCACCAUUGUUGGCGAGCAGAACACCCAACCCCUGCUGUUUGAGGGUACUGGCCUCAUCCUGGACAAAGACAAUGCUCUAGUGUUGCCUAUCCUAACUGCUGACUCUACUGCAUACAGCUACAACCCGAAGAGCCAGGUGAAGGAGUACCCUCACGCCGUGGGCCGCAAGACUGUGCUGAUCGCAGCCCUGCAGGCCAGAAACAAUGCCCGCAUUGUGUUCAGUGGCUCUCUGUUUUUCUUCUCCGAUGAAGCUUUCAACUCAGGUGUCUCCAAAGUUCAUGGUGACAAGGUGAACACAGCACAGUCAGGUAACAAGAAUCUCGCGAUCCGCCUGAGCGAGUGGGCGUUCGGUGAGCGUGGCCGUCUGCGCGUGCGCAGCGUCAACCACAACCGCCAGGGAGAGAAGACGUCGUCAAACACAUACACCAUCACUGACACUGUUGUGUACAGAAUUGAGAUUGAAGAGCUGAAGAACGGCAAAUGGCAGCCUUUCGACGCCACCGACGUGCAACUCGAGUUUGUGCGCAUUGAUCCCUUCAUCCGCACCACUCUGAAGAAGAAGCCCAAUGGAGUAUAUGAGGCCGUGUUCAAGGUCCCAGACGUGUGGGGCGUGUACCAGUUCAAGGUGGAUUAUGACAGGAUUGGAUACACAAGGCUGUAUCACUCUACACAGGUGUCAGUGCGUCCUCUCCAACACACACAGUACGAGCGCUUCAUCCCGAGCGCGUACCCGUACUACGUGAGCGCCUUCUCUAUGAUGGUGGGCGUGUUCCUCUUCUCCUUCGUCUUCCUCUACUACAAGGAGGACGCGCCCAAGACCAAGAGCGAGUAGAGCAAGAGAUUUAGUGUAGUGAGCACAAGUGUAUGCAAGUGUGUAUGUGCUGUUCUAAUAUGUGAUUUGCAAUAAAUUGUUUAUUUAAUGUG